GUUGGGAAGCAAGAAAUUUCACUUUUUUGACGCAAUCAUUUCAAGCAUAAAGUGUCGUGGUGUAGCGCAUGACAGUAGGCCAUGUGUGAUGUGCAAGCAUCUAAGAAAAGCUCUUUUGAACCAGCGAUCAAAAAAGCGUCGUAGCCAGAAUUCAGCUCCCAGACUCUCAAGGAAGAAAAAACUUCAAACGCAAACUGUUCGGCGACUCAAGGCCAAGUUGUCAGUCUACACACAAACCAUCAAGGAUCUUGAGAGGCAGAGUGUAGAACUGGAAGAGAGCGUCCUGGAAGACAGAUUAAAAGCUCUUCCACCUAAGCAAAGGCUCGCGGUACUGCAGUGUUUUCAGGCAGCUCGUCGCAAAUCACUGAGAGGGAUGAAAUACAACCCAGAUUGGCUACUCGAGUGCAUUAUAAUGCGCAUGAAGAGUCCAAGACUCUACGAGCACGUCAGAAGAGAGGGAAUACUAACACUCCCGAACAGAACCUGCUUGAAGACAUAUAUGCGGAAGUAUAAGAGCGGGUUUGGCUUCAACUCCCUUGUGCUUGCAGGGAUUGGCAAGAAAACGAAGACCAUGGAUGAAUUCAGGUGCCACGGUGGCCUGAUAAUAGAUGAGAUGAAACUGUCGGAGUGUUUCAGUGUAGUUGGAGGGGGAAAGAUUGAGGGACUUGUGGACUUAGGAAAAUUCACCCCCGAAAGUGAGAAACAUGUGCCUUGUGAUCACGGUCUAGUGGUCAUGUUUCAACCUCUAAGCGGUUCUUGGCAUCAAAUACUUGGUGUUUUUGCCUCAAGGGGCAAUGUGAAGGCAGCUCUGUUGUCGAAAAUCGUCCUAGAAGCUGUGAUUCUUGCCGAAAAAGCUGGCCUGAAGGUUGAUUUUGUGACAGCUGAUGGCGCUUCAUGGAACCGCUCUAUGUGGCGCAUAUUUGGAAUAUCUGGUUCCUCGAGCUGUGUGAAGUCGUCGGUUGCUCAUCCUGUUGAUAAAGAAAGACGUCUUUUUUUUAUGUCAGAUUUUUCCCCACUUGAUAAAAUGCGUAAGGAACGGUUUCCUGAAGUGCUUCUACAAAACUCCGGAUGGUGCUGCCUACAUUGA